AAAAAUCUUUAACACCUUUUUAAGAUUUUCAUAUAAGAUUUAAUCAGAAGAAAUUUCAUAAUAUCUAUAAGUAGAUCUUUUUUGAGAAGUUUUGUUCUAUAUGUGCUUUUUUUUUCGAAAUUUUUAAGAUAAUUUAAGCCUUUUAGAGAUAAAAAAAGAGAAAUAGAGACUUAAUAGAUAAAUUAAGGAAUCUCGAAUUGUAGGUGUAAAGUUUUUUUUGUCAGAAAAAAUGCUUUUUUUAAAAAAAAAGCAAUUAGAGAAAUCGCCAUCUUUAAAAUCUAAAGAGCCUUUGCUUGAAAUAAAGCCAUUACCAGAUAAAAAAGAUUUUUGGAAGCAAUCGUAUAGAAGUUAUGAAGAUAGUAUGAAAAUGUUGAUGUUUGAGUCGGAAGAAGAACCUUGGCAGCUUUCCCAAAAUUAUUAUUCAACAUAUGCUCCUAUAGAUACAAGAGGAUACAUAAUUUCAGAUCCAGAUAGAAGUAACCCAACAAGAAGUAGAACAGAACGACCUCUUCAAACAAUUAUGGGGUUUGAAGAAGCCAUUUAUAAAAAUAAAUUUGGUGACCAAAGAACUAACAGUAUUACUAGUCAAAGCAGUUAUAUUUAUCCAAUAAUGAAAUUUGAAUAUUCUGGAGCCAAUGCAUAUUUACCUACUUGUACUUCUGGAUCCUAUGAUGAAUCAUAUGAUAAAGAAACAGAAUAUGAGUAUUCCACUCCUAAUAAUUCAAGUAAUUUAUCUAGACAAUAUAAUAGUAAUAAAAUAUCUUCUCAAUAUCCAGAUAAUUCUGACGAAUUUUAUUCAAGCACAUCAAGCUCGAAUCAUACAUACGGCUGUGACAAUAACUCAGAAGGCAAUUAUCAUCCGAGUAUUAAAUAUAACCCAUCACCAUUAGAACGUUUGCCUGAAUAUCAAUCAAGCAGAUAUAAAAGCCUGUACGAGGAAUAUGAUCAAAAUCAAUAUGGAGAUUUUCGUUUGGCAAUAACAGAUAACCCAACGGAUAUCAAAACUUAUAGGUCUCCUAGUAAUGAAAUCCAAAGAUUCCGUUUAUCAAAAGCUAAUCCUAAGUCAAAUAAAUAAUAUUUAAAAUAUUUUUUAAAUCAGCA